CGGAACGUCGUUCACGGGUGAGCGAUAGUUUUGACAGCAUCGAAACAGUUAAUGGUAGUUAGCGACAGUUGCUCUGACAAACCCUUGGAGGAGUAACAAGUGUUUACUGUUAAGAAGUUGACUUUAAAUUUUCGAGAGUCCGUUUUCAAACUCAAGAACUCAAACUUUCUUUUUCAACUCUAUCUAGAAAACGUAUUUUUUUUUUUUUUUGUUUAAAUUGAAUUCAACGUAUUUUAACGAACUUUGAAGCUCGGCUUUGAGACCGUGAAAAUGAUCUAAAGAGCGCCGUAGCGGAGCCAUCGGAGCGGAUCAUCAGGAUGACAGAGCCGGCGGGGCAGACCCAUCACCUGAAAACUUCAGGCUGCCCAUCAGGUGGGAGCAGCGGAGUCGCGUUGGAGCAUCUCCCGGCCAGAGGAGGACCGGAGAACGGCAGCAGGGGGCGACAGAGAGAGCAGAAGCAGCGGCGGGCGGAGAGCUGCGUGGAUAUCAACACAGACAAGUUAUGGCAAAUGAAAGGCGGACAGAGGGAGGUGUGCCCUGCCUUAGCAGCCGGAAACGAGGUCCCGAAGUGCCCGGUUGCAGCUCAACCUCACCAGAAAGCAGAUGUUCCCGCAGGAGGUCACGGUCACCACAUCCAGCAGGGUAAAAACGGCGAAGACAGACCGCUGGAGGAGACUUUAAACCAGGGGGAUAGUCACAUUGACUCCGACACUGGUUUCGAUGCGCGUCUGGGCAAAAAGAGACACAGGCGCAGGACCUCCAAGAAGAAGCGCAACUGGAAGCCUUAUUAUAAACUGAACUGGGAUGAGAGGAAAGCGCUGGAGGAGAGGGAGACAGCCAGGGCUUCCCGGUUGAGAGAGGAGAUGUUCGCCAAAGGGCUCCCAGUUGCCCCCUAUAACACCACCCAGUUCCUGAUGGACGAGCACGACCGAGAGGAGCCCGACCUCAACACCGAGUGUGGGGUCAGGAGGCCCUCAGGGGUCGGGAGCCGCAUGGAGGACACGGGCAGCGAGGAGGACCUCUUCGACAACGAGGAGGACGACGAUGACGACGGCAGCGGCGGGGGCAGCGACGGCAUCGGGAGGCCCGGGAACGCAGGUGGGGAGUUUCUCCAGAGAGACUUUUCCGAAACCUACGAGAUGUACCACGUCGAGAGCCUGCAGAAUAUGACCAAGCAGGAGCUGGUGCAGGAGUACCUGGAGCUGGAGAAGUGCAUGUCCCGUUUGGAGGAGGAGAACAAUCGGCUGAGGCGCGCCGUGGAGCCCGGGGGUCCGACCGUGGAGAGCUCCCUGGUCCGGCUCGGAGAGUUGGAGAAGGAGCUGGAGAGACUGAGGGCCCAAAACACGGAGCUCCUUCUGCAGAACCAGCCGAGCAAUGACAGGGGCCAAGUGGCAACCAAUUAGAGGACACAAAUCAACAGGGGAACACCCCCUUUCUAAAAGGUAAAACAUUGGACUGCUGCAUUUUUUUUAUUGUCACCAGUUUCUGUAACAAGUUUGUCAUCUGGACUAUGAGUCCUUGCAUUGCAAUGCAAUACUUUACGUUUCUUUUCUAUUUGGACUGUAAUGGUGUCCUGUUCGAUUUUUUUCCCCAAAAGAAAUGUAAAUAUUUCACAAUAAGAUUCCUUUUUAUAAAGAGAAUGUAUUUGACAACACGAAAAAUAUUUUGUUUGUUUCCUGGGUCAAAUCUGUAGGUAUCCAUUGACAUAUACUGUUCCAUUUUUGAAUUUACAAACAAUCAUAUGUUGUAUUUUUCCCCCCAAACAAUAAAUAACAAAUCAAAGCUAAUUGGCUCAGCUUACAAGGCUGUUUUUGCAGAAGUAAAUUCCAGAGUGAAUAUUUUAACAAUUGUGUGUUAACAUAAGUUCAAAUAAAAUGUUGAAAUCCUUCUGUUGUGUGUUGUAAAGCUUGCAGUAAAACACAGGAAGCGGUUCACAAAAGAUGCAAUGUGAAACUGCUGUAGGUGGCUCCUGUCAGCAACACUGAUAAUCACAAAGAUUCGUCUUAUGAGUAUCCUGAAAUCAGACAUCAAUGGACUCUGAACAGGGAGAGUACACAGACUGUAGCAGAAGGGGGGAUGGGAUAUGAUGGAGAUGCUUUUCAUGAAGGUUAGCCCACUUGGAGUUUAAUCUACUGAGGAUAUUUUGCAAAAAAAAAAAAACAAAACAUUGCUUAAUGGGUUUAUCCACGCCCCUAGAAAACAUUUAGUUCAUGAGAGGAGUGCUGGUCAUAUUAAAAAAAAGAUCUGCUGGAAAAUGUGUUUUUAAAGCUCUAAAUUGAAGUAAAAUGAUCUAGUUUCAAUAGAUUUCUGGCACUGCAGCUAAUUUUCAGAGAUUUUAUAAUUAUCUAACUAUUCAUUUAAGUUAAAACACAGAGCCUCAGUAGUUGAGAUGAAGUUUCCAUCAUGUGCAGAGAGGCAGUCUGUGCCGUUUGGCCUGAAGAGGCUUUAUUCACCUGCAGCCUCUAGAGGGCGUCAUUCAGCUCUCAUUUUAAGUUGCCUGGCUUCAAAACAAGAGCCUCAUCCUCCCUGUACAACGUGAGUGUCUUACAGAACAAGCCCAGGGGCCCGACGGCUCCGGGGGGCCCCUACACCAGCGCAUCAGCGUGAGGUCAGUGUUAUUAACUUAUAUUUCAUGUCAAAAACCUGUUAUAAAAGUCAUAAUCUGCCACAAGUGUAAAAAAAAUAUCCCACCAUCUCCAAAAACAAAAACACGUGUGAACUUUUUUUUAAACAUAGUUCUGUUUAUUUACAUCAUAUAACCUUGCUUUAAAGCACACAGCCAUGAGGGAAAUGGUUUCAGGCGGACAACCUUUUUUCUUUUUAAAGUCCAGUCAUUUUUCAUAUUAGUUAUACUCAAAAAGCAAAUUCCAAAUGUACACAAUACAAUAUGUUACAUAUUAAGAUAGUAUGUACAAAAAGAUUCUUAAAAUACAACAAUGAGACAUUAGGUAAAAAUCACAUUUCAGACAACACACGCCAACUUUUCCUUUUUGAUGACGGUCUGCUCGUUCAUCUGUGAGAAACUGGAGGUUGUCUGACAUGACCUAAUGGCGGUUUAGGAUAGGGCUUGUUAGGUGUACCAUAUUCACACACUGUGGAUCACUAGGCAGAGAGAGAUGACCUCAGUUUGUUAAGAAAAGCAGCUGAGAGAGUA